CGUCACGCGUGGGCGGGCCGGGCGGAGGGGAGCCGGGCCGGCGCUGGCCGCCCGCUUUCCUGCCGGCCUUCCUUGGCGGCGAUGGAGGCGACCGGGAGGCGGCUCUGGCUGCACCUGGUCACCUGGAACGUGGGCACCGCGCCGCCCCCCGCCGAGGCCGCAGCCCUGCUCCGCCUCGGCGCUCCGGACCCGCCCGUGGACCUCUACGUGAUCGGUUUACAGGAGGUGAACUCCAGGAUUUUGAGCUUCCUGUCCGACCUGGCUUUCGAAGACCCUUGGACCGUCUUCCUUACCACAGUGCUCUCCCCGCUGGGCUACAUCAGGGUGUUUUCCAUCCGCAUGCAGGGCCUCCUCCUCCUCCUCUUUGCAAAGCAAGCCCACCUGCCCUUCAUACGGGGUGUUCGGAGCCAGUUUACCCGCACCGGCCUGCACGGCUACUGGGGCAACAAGGGAGGGGUGUCCAUCCGCCUGUCCUUGUACGGACACUCUGUCUGCUUCCUGAACUGCCACUUGCCAGCCCACCAGGAGAAUGCCAAGCAGCGACUGGAUGACUUUGAGCACAUACUGGAAGUGCAGCACUUUGAAGAGAAGUUCCCCUCUGUCCUGGAUCACCAGCUUCUCUUCUGGUUUGGCGAUUUAAACUUCCGAAUUGAAGACCAUGGGCUGCAUUUUAUCCGGGAGUCGAUAAGCAACAGCCGCUACAACCUUCUGUGGGAGAAAGACCAGUUAAACAUGGCCAAGAAGAAGGCAUUCUUUCUCCAGGAAUUCUUGGAGGGCCCUCUGAAGUUCAAACCCACCUACAAGUUUGACUUGCACUCAGACGAGUAUGACACCAGGCCUGGCGCUCUGCCCCUCCAUAGGAGGGCCCUGCAGUGGGUGCUGAUGUCUCUCUGUAUUUGCAGGGGAGAGAAGGCACUGACUUGGUCCAACGAGAAGAAGCGAAAGCCUGCCUGGACCGACCGGAUCCUCUGGAGAGUGAAGGGCCUCCCGUGCUCCCAGCCCAAGGAGGCUCCCAAGGAGAGAGGGGUGUCGGUGUCUCUGCAUAACUACACCAGCCACAUGGAUUACAGCAUCAGCGAUCACAAGCCGGUCACUGGGACUUUUGAGCUGAAGGUCCAGCCCCUGUGGACUGACCCCCUGGUCCUGCUGUAUCCAGUGGGCACAUGGAGCGCCGAGCAGGAUGCCACGGUCAGUUACGUCACCUCUCCAGAAUUUGUAAGCAGCGCCUGGGACUGGAUUGGUCUCUACAAGGUGACCUUUCGGCAUGCAAACGACUACGUGAUGUAUGUUUGGGUGCAGGACAAUGAAAUUUCCUCCAGGGAAGGCGUGAGGCAGGUUUAUCUGGGGGCUGAGGGGCUCCCCAGAGCGGGAGGAGAGUUUCUCCUGGGAUAUUACAGUAACGCGCUGCGGUCCAUAGUUGGCAUUAGCCAGCCAGUCCAGGUUCGGCCGAGCCAGAGGUCUGUCGAACAGCAUGUGGGCUGGGGUGGAGCCAGCAGCACAGAACGUCUUCAUUGCGAGAGGCAGCCGUGUGACUUUUGAGGUCCUUCUAUGCCCCUGAGUGCGCCGUGAGGCCCUCCUCCUUUUGCCUCAGAGUGGGCCCCUCGUUUGAGGAAAGAACGACUCAGCUUGCCGCUGCUGUGGAGUAGCUUGUGCGGGGGCUGCCUUCAUCAUGGGAGAGCCGGGAUUGAGCCGGUCCCAGGAGAACCACCGGCUUCCUUCCUUCUGCCAAGGUGGCGGCUGCUGUCCCGUUUGCCCAGCAGCAUCUUAGGAUCCGUGCGCUUCAUCACAACAUUAAGGAGUCACCGGUGCUUACUUGAAAACUGGGAUUCCGGCAUUUGGCUCUCAGUUUUUAAUGAAAUGUAAACCUUCCUUUAGAACUGAAAUACAUUUUAUUUUAGCUGAAA